AUGACUUCCUCUUCUGAUGAAAAGGUUAUGUCAGACUUUGGUCAUUUGCCUUCCUCUGCAGCAAUGCCAGAUAAUGGUGAUUUAUCUCUUUCUCCGACAAGUCCUUUCCAGGUGUCUCCCUCAACCACUUUUUUAUCUACAUCUCUUCAUGAGCUGGUAAAAGAUAUCAGCACUUCCGCGGCGAGGUUAUUCUGGAUCAACUUGCCCGACCAUGAGCAAGACCAGAUCACUGAUCUGUUUGAUCAAUUGACUUUUACUACUAUAGCCACAUCACUUUUCGAAUCAGAAGAAAUAACAUUCAGCAAGGAAGUCCGGGAGCUAUUGAUUGGAAAAUUCAAGGCUUCGCUAAGCUGCAGCAAGAAUGUGAUGGCACUGAUGAGAAUGUUCGAAAAAGGUCAGACUCCCAACGUGUCAAAGAAUGAUGAGAUGAAAGAAUUUUGUGAGAAACUAGAAGACGUGAGCAUGACAUGCAUGGGGCUCGGUUUAGGGGCGCAAUGGUUCAGAGCGUUUGGUAGAGAAGCUUAUUUAUUGCCCUCAAAUAUGUCCGAUCUGAGUCGUUUACCACUUUUAGUCAGUGAGUUGGAAGAGACAUACGAAAGUCUUGAUCGGAUUGGUUAUCAACAAUAUCUUGCCUUGAUUGGUGUUCGAGGAAAAGAGCAUGAAAUACUAGCGAAGGAAUGCGAUGAGAAACUCAUCGACAGGAUGGGAGAGACUAAUGAUAAACCUAUUUCUCUUCAUUAUCUUCAUUCCAAAGCACCACCUCAAUACACACCUUCCAUUGCCUCCGCAAAAACUGCAGUAAAUGAUACAACUUCAACCAACCCGGAAAAGAAUACGGGAAACAAAAUCCACUACGAGACACGGACUCUCCACCAUGUACCUGCCCAUAUAAAGCAAGAUUGGUGGAUGUUGACUGGGUGCGACCUUAAGGUAUGGCCAACCGGGCGAGAAUACAUUAUGGAGGAAUGGUCACUGUCAUCUGAUAAGUUACAUCCUGCCGAAAUUUCAAAAAUCAGACAGAGAUUUCAAGAUGCGGCAAGGAGAAAAAUGUAUGGAUGUAGCAUGAGGAUGGAAAUCAAAGCAGGUGGAGAUGUGGAGAGACAAAUGCAAGAGGAUUACUUGAGGGAUAUUGUCAAUAGACUGGGAGAGAAGGCGGAAAAAACACUUUUGGAUUCUUAUCGAGGGGGUCAUGAUGUUGAUCAUGGUGAAAAUAUCGUGCGAAGAUAUACGAUCGAAGCGAUAGAGGCGAGAGAGCCAAGCGGACUUUUCGAUGGACCGAGAAUUAUGGGUUUAGAGGAGAGUUUGAAGAUGAAGAGGGACAUGGAAUUUGGUAGGAGGAAGUGGUGGAAAAAGGUGGGAGAUUUCAAAGGGAGAGAGUGGUGGAGAGAGGGAAAGAAGAUUGAGUGGUGGUUGGAGGCUGAGAAGGUAGAAUGGGUUGUUGUGCUUAAGAUUGAGGACAUUAACCGUUCGAAGAGGUUCAUGCCAAGUUGGCAGGAUGACUCUAUAGAGGGGAAAACAGGUAUUAGCCAGGAGGUGCGAAGCAGCGUGGGACAAGGAGAGAAGAAUAGCAGUCAAGAGAACAAGGCUUUGAGUGUGGGUAACGUAAAUGAAAAGAAAGAUACGAAGGAAGAAGAGACAAUGGGAAUCGAGGAAGCAGAGAGGAGAAUGAGAAUUUUGGUGAAAAGGUUGUAUGUCGAGGGAAAUGAUGAUGAGGAGAGAGAGGUUUAG